AUGGCGCCUGUCACAGCCGUGGUCGGUGACCGGGCGCAGGGCGGCGCAGCUCGCCAGUCGGGAGGGAGCUCGCGACCCAGGUAUCGGCAGAGUAGCGGUCACGCGUCGAACUCGGCGUCUGCUUCUUCGUCGUCUCGCGGCUCCCCACAGAAUGCGAGUGCCUCUGGGAAGUCGCGGCAAGUUGCAAACGGCGCGCCGUCGCCGAGUCACGCGAAUUCGCGGCGCGGCGGCGCAGGCACGCACGCGGCUUCCUCAGAGCGCGGAGAGGCCGGGGCGCAGGCGCUGUCGUCGCACCAGCAGCGCCUCCAGCAGAACGCGCUUUUCGUGGGUCGGCACUUGCUGCGCGCGAACGCAGACGAGAACUCGAUCACGGACUUGUCGCCGCGCAGCCAAAAGUGGGUAGAGGACGUUCAUCCCUUGCUGGAGUUCUUCAACUACUCGAAGCGCGACGUCUACGCACUCGUCCAGCGUGCCGAGUACGACCAGGACCGCGUGCAGGAAGCGGUGGCGGCGAUCGUCGAGGAGAAGAGGGGUCACGAACAAGGCUCCUGGGAAGUCGUGCUCACGAAGCAGCAAAAGCACCAGCUGCACCGAGCCACGCAGAUGAGCCAGGAAGGAAACGCCGCCGUGGCUGGUCGCGGCGGCGACGGCCGACGCGCGGGAGGAGGAGGCGCCGAGCGAGGCAGCCGAAACGCCAACCACGGAGUCCGCGGCGGCAACGCCCGCAGCAACAGAGGAGCCGCAGCCUCGGGGGACCACGCCGCCGAAGCUGCGAACCGCGGCGGCAGACGGUCAGACGGCGCAGCGGGCGGACAGAGGCGACGACGCGACAGUGCAGACGCGAGCGGUCACCGCCGAGGCGGCGCUGCAGGCGGGCCUGGAGCCGCGGGCAAGCAAGACGCAGAUCGGCGCGGCAGGCGCGAGGGCGCGGGCGAGCGAGACUGGGAAGUCGACGAACUCGAGACGCAGUGGGGUGCGAACGACGGCAUUCAGGACGCGAAAGCUCCAUUCGAGAAGAGUGCAGAAAGUGAGAGCCCGUCUGCCGCGGACCAAGCGCGGUCGAGUCAGAAGGAGACAGUCCCUCCUGCGUCGAAGGCCCCCGGGAGCGCCGAGGCGUCGGCGCCCGCUGCUCAGGCGACGGCGGCGGCGCCCGCGGCGACGGUCCCGCGGUCGUGGGCUGCGCGUCUCCUACAGAAGAAGGAGACGCCUGCUCCGUCAGCUCCGGAGGCGAAGGGGCCCCCGCCGUCGCCGAGGCACACGUCUGCUGCGUCGCUCCACCUCGGGGCUGAGCGGUCGCCGAGAGGAAAGGACGACAGCCGCAAGCGCGAGCCGUCCCCAAUCGCUGCGCCAGAAAUCAAGUCGCCCCGCUCCGCGACGACGCCCGUGAGAGACGUCUGGCCUCAGCAGACCGAAGAGGGCAAAAAGGCGAAGAAUCUGCCGUCGCCGUCGAUGCAUGCUCGCGCCGAGGCCGCGUCUUCCAGUGGAGCGCCGGCGGUUGCUGCUCCUGCAGCCGCCGCAGCCGCUCCUUCGCAGGAGGCCGCUGCCAAAGCAGCGACCUCCAUCCCGUCUCUCCGCGUCUCCGCGCCGCAGCCGACGCCGGCGGAAAGCGCCGCGUCCACAUCCCCUGCGCAGGCAGAGCCGAAGGCACAGGAGACCCUGCAGCGAAGCGAGGCCUGCUCGUCGCCUGCCUCCGCGCCCAAGACUUUGGCCGCGUCGCCGAAUCCGGUGGUGAUCAUGCCGCAGCACAGACACACUCAGGGCGCCGGGGUCUUUGAAUCGUCUCGCGGGCAGGUGCAGACGCCGACCGCGGGCGGUCAGGGCCCGCCCCCGCCCCUCGGCGCGGGCGUCGUCUCCUCGCGGCACCCGAUGACCCCACAGUCAUUCGUCGAGCCGCCGCGCAGCGAGAGCCAUGCCCGCGCGGACGGCGGGCUGGGCUACGUGGGCAGCCGCCCAGGCGAGGCCUACGACGGCGCCAGAGGCGCUGCGACCUCCCAGCAGGGGGCGGAGACGUCCGCGACUCUCGCCGGCGCGGGCGCGUUGGAGGGCAGCCUCCUGACGUUCGGCACCGUGGAGCUGCGAUUCUGCGCGGCCAGUGGAGGCGUCACUGCGACCUCGAUCUCGGGUGCAGCCGACAAGCAGAAGGGCUACGCGUCGUCUGUCGCCCGGCCCCCGUCGCCGAAGCCUGCGACCCCCGCGUACCCGGAGGAGACCCCUGCGGGCGCGCCUGGGCUCCUGGCCCCCGGCGCGGGCGCGGACCUGCUGUCCUCUUCGGGCCUGCGCGGCGACGGGCUCGCGGCCGGCGAGGCGCCUGCAGUGGCGGGCCCCUACGGGCGCGCACCCCUCGUCGGCGAGCCGGCGGAGGCGGCGGGUCGCGGCAGCGUCUCGCCGCGCCAGCAGCAGCAGCAGUAUCCGGCCUCGGGAACGCUGGCGCGCGAGGAGCUCUCGUCGUCCUUCCCGUCUGUCGCGUCAGGCUCGCGGUAUGGAGAGUCGCAGAGCGUGCAAAACGCAGCAGGCGGGCGAGGCAGUCAGCAGCAGCAGGAGUCUGCGAACCGCCUGCAGCGCCUGAACGAGGAGUCUGCGCCGUCGUCGAGCGGCGGGGCGCUUCUCGGUCGCGGAGGCGAGGCGGGCGCACCUUCGGGCCCCGGCUCGUACGGCGGGCGCGGGGGGCAGCAGCCCCACGGUUCUUACGGUGGCCAGGGCCACGGUGGAGGCCGCGGAGGCAGUUCGGGCUCCUCGUACGUCUCAGUGGGCGGCGGACAAGGCCAUCACCACCACGGCUCCGGCGGCGGUCGCGGGAACUACCAGGGCGCGCAUGGCAGCCAGCAGGCCCACGAAGGCCGCGGCGGCGCAGCGGCCGGCGCGGCGGCGGAUUCGCACUCGCAGGGCAGUCGAGCGCAGCAGCCGCUGUUGAUGGGCGCGGCCGCCGGCGGGGCUUCGGGGGGCGAGGGCGCCGACUUUGCGCAGAAUGCCCACGGCGCGGGCGGCGGAGCUGACGGCUCGCUGGACUCGUACUACCAGUACGUCGGCGGCCGCGAGUUUGGCGGCAUGGGCAAGCUGGAGGGCAGCUCGCUGGCGGCCCCGUCGGGCUCGGUUGGCGGUUCCUCGUCCCGCUACCACCAGCAGGGCGCAGCGGGCUCCGCGCACCAGGAGGCUGCGGGAGGCGAGCAGCAGGGCCACAUGAUGUCGCUGAUGGAGGGCGAGUCUGCGAACCAGCAGAUGCAGUCGACCUUCUCCUCGCCGUCCUCGCACCAUCUGUACCCGAACGCCUCGCUCUUCGGCCACAACAACGCGUCUCCACCCUCCUCCGCGGGCCCUGCGGCGGGCGCGAACGCCGAGGCCUCGAGCGGGCCGUCGAACGUCUCCGGCGGCGGCGGCGCGCCUCACCAGCCAGUGGGCAGCGGGCGCGAAGGCCGCGGCGGCGGCGCGGGCGCCUCGUCGGGUGGCAACUCGGGCGGCGACCGACGCAAGAAGCAGUCGAGUUACCACCAUCAUUUGUCGCACCAAAACGCGCAGCAGCACGGCCACGGGCCCUCCGCCGGCUACUACGGAGCCUCAGGCAACGCGAACGCGGGCGGCGGCAUGCAUGCCCAGAACGCCUCCUCGGGGUGGAGCGGCAGCCAUGCUGCGGGCUCGAGCCACCCCCACCACGGCGCCCACGGCGGCGCAGGCUCUCUGGGCGCCUCGGCACUGAUGAACAGCGGCGCGCAGGCCCAGGGGAACAACGUGAACGCGGUCAUGUCCUCCUCGUCCGCCUCCGGCUUCAACGACAUGGGCAUGGUGGGCGGCAACGCGGGCGGCGGCGCGGGAGGCCACGGCCUGAACCGCGGACAUCUGUACGGCAACGAGUACAACAGCUCCGCGGGCUCCUCCUCCUCUGCGUCGAAGCCCCCACCCCCGCCUCCGCCGUCCUCCGCCUCGUCCUCGGCGGCGGCGGGCGGCGCACUGUCUAGCGAGGCGAACCGGUUGCUGGGCUUCGGGCACCACCAGCAGGGCGCCGGCGGCGCGGGCGCGUCUCCGUCGACCGGCGCCGCCUCCUCGGGCUCCAGUGGCAACUCGGGGUUCGCCUACUCGUCGCACCACGGCGGCCAUCCGCGCGACGGCGGCGCGAACCCGAACGCAGGCGCACGCGGCGGCUCCUACGGGCACGGCGGGAACAAAAACCUCGGGGGCUCGGGGGGCAGCGCCGUGGGCGCAGGCCCCUCGAGCCACGGCUCCUCGCACGCGAGUGGCGCUGAGGGCUCCAACGCGAACGCCUCGUCCUCCUCGCACAACGCCGCGACCCCCUUCACGCCGCCGCCCGGCUUGGCGCCCUCGAGCUCUUCGGGCAACGCGCAGCAGCCCAGCGGCCUCAACACGUCGGUCGGCGGAGGGAACCAGCCCCCGAGUGCCUCCUCGCCGCCCACCGGCGCCGGCGGCGCGCCCAGCUCCUACGCGACCACUGCGUACCAGAGCUACCAUCACACCAGCAUGGCAGCAGCCUACUCACACUACAACAACAUGUAUUACGGUCACCACAGCAACAUGAUGCCUCAUCACUUCGGCGUCAUGGCAGGCCACAACGCCGCGAGCCCAGCUGCGGGGGGCAACCCCGCGAACCUGGGCGCGGACUCGCUGCCUUACAACGCCUCGGCGUCGAGCUCCACGCAGCAGCAGGGAGGGAACGCGAACGUGAACUCGUCGUCGUCGGUGAACUCCUCCUCGCAGCUCAACACACCCAACACCAACGCGCUCGACUUGGCGGAAGGCGCCAACCCGAGCGAGUCGCACUCCAGCGGUCCCGCCUCCACGGGCUACGGGCAGCCGCAUUUCCAUCACGGCGGCGACGCAGCGUCGGCGGGCGGCGCGUACUCGGGUGCCGGCGGCGGAUACGGACACAUGCACCAGUCCUCCAACAAGACUCUUGGAGGCGCACCGUCCUCGAACGCGGGGGGGAGCAGCUACAUGGGCUACUACAACGGCUCUUCGUCGUCGUCGGGUUUUUCGUCUUCGCUGCGCAACGCACAGGGUGGCUACCAGAGUCAGCCGCACGGCGCGUCGAACGCGACCUCGGCGUCGUCCUUCAGCUCGUCGCGCAACGCAGGAAACGACAACUCCAACUUGGGCGGCGUGUUGGCUUCCUCCAGCCAGACUGGCGGCGGCUACGGCAAAAACAGCUACGGCAGCAACAAGCAGUACCACAGCGGGCACAGCUCGUACUACCAGCAGCGCGGGAGCGCGUCGUCGGACCAGCAGGCCGCGCAGGCUGCGGCAGCGGCGGGCUACUACAGCGCCGGGUACGGCGGGUACGGUCAGUACGCGCAUCCGCCGGGGCUGGGCAACGCCUUCUAUCAAAGCAACUUCGCGAACCAGAACGGCAACAACCAGGGGCGCCCGAACUACGGAGGAUACGGCAACGCAAACAUGUGGAGUUGA